UGUCUGCCAUGAUGUGUGUGGCAUAACCAGAGUCCACCGAUGCAGACUAUCAUGACCAAGGACGGCAUUGAAUCUGAGUUCACGUGGGAGGUGAGGGCCAACAGUCGUCACUACCACAAACAGAAGCAGAAGAAAUCCUUUCUGUGUUUCCACUGGGGACGAUACGCAGACAAUGUGGUGCGCAGCUACAAGUACUCCCCCCUGACUUUCCUGCCGCUGACAUUAUUUGAACAGUUCCAACGAGUAGCAAAUCUCUACUUCCUCCUCAUGGUGGUGUUGCAGUGUGUCCCUGCCAUCGCGUCCAUACCGUGGUACAUCACCAUCAUCCCACUGCUCACGGUGCUUUCUGUUAGGGGGAUCAAAGACCUCGCCAACGACAUGGCAAGGAGACGCUGUGACUCUGAAAUUAACUCCCGACAUUGUGACAUACUCCUCUCCCAGAGUUUUAACACGGCUCAGUGGAGAGAUGUAUGUGUGGGAGAUCUGCUGCGGAUCCACAAAGACCAAAUCAUCCCUGCAGAUGUCGUCCUACUGUGCAGCUCAGAACCACACAGUCUGUGUUACGUGGAGACGGCUGACAUUGAUGGAGAGACCAACCUCAAGUACCGGCAGGCUCUCAGCGCUACGCAUGACGAGCUGACCUGUCACCCCUCAGAAGAGGUCCUUGCUACAUUUGACGGUGUUGUACGCUGUGAGGAACCCAACAACCGCCUGUACACCUUCAGAGGUCAGAUGCAGUGGCAAGGAAAGCAUUUUCUCCUGGACAACGAGCACAUACUCCUGAGGGGCACAGUCCUACGCAACACAGACUUCGCCUACGGCCUCACAAUAUAUACUGGCGCGGACUGUAAGAUCCUGAGGAAUUGUGGGAAACUGAAAGUGAAGACGACUCAAAUGGAGAAAGUUCUCAACAAAGUGGUUAUCGGGAUUGUCCUGUGCGUGCUGCUGGCCGCUCUGCUCCUCGCCAUCGGCAGUGGCUUAUUCUCCAGUCGGGUCAUGAGCCACGAGGGGCUUCUGUCGGCUCUGGUUGUUCACGGCAAUCCAGCCUACACUGGAUUCCUCAUCUACUGGAGCUACAUCAUCCUUCUCAGCCCAACCAUGCCCAUAUCGCUCUAUAUCUCGUUUGAGGUGAUCCACACAAUCCAUAGCCUGUUUAUUGGCUGGGAUGUAGAGAUGUAUUGGCAGCAGGCAGACAGCCCGGCUCAGGCCAGGAACACUUCGCUGAACGAGGAGCUCGGCCAAGUGGGUUACCUGCUGAGUGACAAAACUGGGACACUGACCCAGAAUCGUCUGCUCUUCAGACAAUGCUGCAUCGCUGGGGAGGUCUACGGUGAUGCAUCUGUCAGGGCAGAGGAGCCCAUGGAUUUGAGCUGGAAUCCGUUCUCGUGUGGUGGUUUGUGCAUGUCAGCUCCCAGCCUUGUGCAGCGCCUCAGAGAACAGCAGUGUCCACUCAGCAGGCAGUUCUUCACUGCACUGGCUUUGUGUCAUACUGUAAUGGCAGAGUGGAAAGAAGGUGAAACUCCUGUUUACCAGGCUGCAUCCCCGGACGAGGAAGCUCUAGUUGGAGCAGCCAGGGAGCUGGGCUGGGUCUUUCUCUGCAGGACGAGAGAUUUUAUUUCUGUCUCAGAGUUGGGUGUCUCUCGCCAGUAUCAGCUGCUGACAUUGCUGGACUUUAGCAGCAAAAGGAGACGCAUGUCUGUCCUGGUGCGGGAGCCAGAUGGUGGAUUAAAACUAUACUGUAAAGGGGCAGAUUUGGUGAUUCUGGAGAGACUUCAGAAGGACUGUCCUUAUCAGGAACAGACUGAGAGGGCUCUGGAGUUCUUUGCUGAGGCCUGUCUGAGGACUCUGUGCGUUGCGGUUCGAUCUGUUCCUCAAGCAUUGUGGGAACAAUGGAGUAAAACUCUGGCACUGUCUGCUGCCAUGGCAACUUGUGAGCGUGACAAACUGCUGGAAAAGCUGUACGAUGAGAUGGAGACAGACUUACGGCUUCUUGGGGUGACAGCAAUUGAGGACCGGCUUCAGGAUGGAGUACCUGAGACUGUUGCUCUUCUGCAGGAGGCUGGCCUUAAAGUAUGGGUGCUGACUGGAGACAAAAAAGAGACAGCUGUGAAUAUUGGAUACGCUUGCAAACUGUUGGAUCCUGAUAGCAGAUUACUGGAAUGGCAGGAGCUGAGACAGAUACUCCAGUCGCCAGACCCACAGGUCAGUUUCGUCAAGGCCAGGCUGCCAGAUAUGUGGGCAGCACACAAAGAGAGAGCUCGAGCAAAGACUUCUGUGGUCCUCACCGGACCUGAGCUGGCAGAACUUGACCAAAAACCAGAGUUGGGAGCCUCUUUCAUCCGUCUGGCAGAACAAUGUCAAUCGGUGCUCUGCUGCCGCGUGACACCUUCUCAGAAGGCUGAAAUUGUUAAGUUGGUGAGGAAACACACCAGCUCAAUCACCAUGUCCAUCGGCGAUGGUGCCAAUGACGUAAACAUGAUCAGAACGGCUCAUGUUGGCGUGGGUCUGGCGGGAGUGGAGGGAGGCCAGGCCGUGCAGAAUGCAGACUUUGCAGUGUCCCAGUUCAGGUUUUUGCAGAGGCUGCUGCUUGUCCACGGCCGCUGGUCCUAUCGCCGCAUUUCUUUCUUCCUCCACUACUUUCUGUUUAAAACCUGUGGUUUUGCUCUCGUGCAUGUUUGGUUUGGUCUCUUCAAUGGCUUCAGUGCUCAGUCUCUCUACGAGACAUGGUUCAUUGCUCUCUACACCGCCCUUUACUCAGCAUGGCCAGUUAUGUGCAUGGCCGUUUUUGAACAGGAUGUAAGUGCAGAAAGCAGCUUGAAAAUGCCAGAGCUGUACAAGUGUGGACAGAAACAGGAGCUCUCCAGCCCUCUGAUGUUGGCCUUGUAUCUCCUGUACGCUGUCUACACAUCACUCAUUCUCUUCUUCAUCCCUUUUGGAGUUUUCUUUGACACAGCUUUUGACUACCAGACCAUGGCAGUCACCGUCUCCAUGGCAGCAAUGUUUGCUGCCUCAGUUGAGAUUGUGCUGUUGACCAGGUACUGGACCAAGUUCAAUACAGCGAUGAUGUGCGUCUCUGUGUUGCUGUUCUUCAUCUGCACCAGGAUCACUCACAGCACCCACCUUUUUAAGAAGUCACCCAGCGACUACUUCUUUCUCGAGACCAAUAUUAUCAAGAGUAGACAAAGGCAUGCAGCAGCACAAGAAGAAACAUCAAUUUUUGUUGUUACUUAG